AGUGCUAGCUUCUACUGGAACAGUGCUGACUUCUAUUGGAACAGUGCUGACUUCUACUGGAACAGUGCUGAUUUCUCCUUGAACAGUGCUAACGUCUACUUGCACAUUGAUUAUAUCUAACAUCUCCUAGAAAUGUGCUUAAGAUAAGUUGGGUCAAUUAUAUAAGGUAAAACUAUUUGAACUCAAUUUCCUUGACUCAAUGAGUUUGCCAUUUCAAGUUGUGCAGGGGCUAAUUCAUUAAAUGACAUUGAGCUCCAAUCAUAAACCAAAACAUAAGUAUAUGACUGUCGUAUUCCACUUGACAAUUUAGACGGAAGUAAACAAUUAUUGGUAUGAAACUAUAAAACCGGAGCAGGUUUGGUGGUAUAAAGGGGCGUAGGCGCAUAAUCCCUGUUCGAAUGUAGUCCUAGUCAGCCUGCUAUUGAACUAUGCACAUAAGAGUAACGGUGAAAAGAUGACAAUACCAGACGACAUACCUGUGGACUCCAAUACCGUCCCGCAAAACCGGAAGUCAGUAUACUUAGAUGACGCUCCACCUGUUGUCAUGGCUACCAGCGCACCUGCUUCAACUUCCGGUGUGAUUUAUGGAGUAGGCGACACUCCGCCUUGGUACUUGUGCAUAUUGCUUGGAUUUCAGCAUUACCUGACUGCCUUCGGUUCAACAAUCACAGUCCCUCUGGUCAUAGCGCCGGCAUUAUGUGUGGACGAGGACACGGUCGGGCUCAGCGAGAUCAUCAGCACAAUAUUCUUUGUAUCCGGUCUCGCGACGAUCCUACAGACUACCCUUGGCACAAGGCUACCGAUCAUCCAAGGAGCGACGUUCGCCUUCCUGACGCCGACAUUCUCCAUACUGAGCUUAAAACGAUGGGAAUGCCCGUAUACUGUUGAAAGGGAAACGGAUCCAUCCCUCCUCAACAGCACACUGCCCGAGCCCGGAUCAGACGAACACAGGGAGAUGUGGCAACUGAGGCUUAGAGAGAUUCAAGGAGCGAUUAUGGUAGCGUCCAUUUUCCAAGUGGUGAUCGGCUUCACCGGCUUAAUGGGCCUCGUAUUGAGGUUUAUCGGUCCCCUGGCCAUUACGCCCACCAUCGCCCUCAUUGGUAUAGCGCUGUUCGAGGCAGCUGCGGAUAAGGCAUCAGCCCAGUGGUACAUUGCUUUCAUGACCAUGUUCCUGAUCGCGCUAUUUUCCCAGUACAUGCGAAACAUCAAGAUUCCCUGCUGUACGUCAGAGCGAGGCAAAGGGUGCACAACGACAAGAAUGCCAAUAUUUAGUUUAUUUCCGGUGCUGUUAGCGAUGGUUCUGUCUUGGGUGAUCUGCGUGAUUUUGACGGCAGCGGGCGCCUUUCCUGAAGACAAGAAGGCCUGGGGCUAUUAUGCUCGGACGGACAUAAAGACGGACGUCCUAUACAAAUCAGAAUGGUUCAGGUUCCCCUACCCAGGUCAGUGGGGUAUGCCUACAGUCAGCACAGCAGCUGUGUUUGGUAUGCUGGCUGGUGUACUCUCCUCAAUGAUCGAGUCGGUAGGGGACUACUUCGCAUGCGCGAGAUUGGCAGGUGCACCACCCCCUCCCGUUCACGCGGUAAACAGAGGUAUCGGUGUUGAGGGAAUCUGCUGUAUCCUAGCCGGAGCCUGGGGGUCGGGCAAUGGCACCACCUCUUACAGCGAGAAUGUGGGCGCAAUCGGCAUUACAAAGGUAGGAAGCCGUCGUGUUGUUCAGGUGGGUGGGGUAAUCAUGAUCGUUCUUGGAUGUUUGGGGAAAUUCGGCGCCCUCUUCGUCACCAUUCCUGACCCCGUCGUCGGCGGCAUGUUUAUGAUCAUGUUUGGCAUGAUAACAGCUGUGGGUAUCUCCAAUCUCCAACACGUUGACCUCAACUCAUCUCGCAACAUCUUCAUCCUCGGCGUCGCCAUGUUCUUCGGCCUUUCAUUUCCAAAGUGGAUCGGCGCGAAUCCAGGAUCAAUAAAUACGGGAAGUGAAAUAGCUGACCAGAUUAUAUCCGUGCUGCUCGGUACCAGCAUGUUUGUCGGAGGGAUGACUGGAUUUAUUCUUGACAACACCAUUCCGGGUACGGACGAUGAAAGAGGGUUGACAAAAUGGCGACAACAUGGCGACGGAACCGGAAACCAGGAAGCGGACAUGAGCAUAUACGAUCUUCCUCUGAUACAGCCUUACCUGGACAAAAUACCGCUCUUCCGCUAUUUACCGUUCUGUCCGAGAUUUACGCUGUCAUGUGGUCAUGGCGGAAGUGAGGAACGGCCUGACGCUUACAACGUCAAUGACGUUGAAUCUCAAGAAAACUUUCACGAUAAUAAAAUUGAAACUGAUCGAUUGUAGUAAAGAGAAUAUUGCGAGGGGAUAAUCUAGAAGAUAUUAUAAUUCUCAGGGACAUGGUAAUGCAAUUACUGUAGUUCGCAGUUAAGUGUCCGUUUGAAACAAAUAAUGCAAAUUUUACUAUAUUAUCCAAUUAGAGGGUAUCAGCCACUAAAAUGAAAGGAUUAAACUCCAAACUUUUUAAACAAUUUUCGAUAUGUUUUGUUUGACGAAUUUUGAUUUAUGAUGGGCGUAUGUGUGCUGUUUCAGUAUGUGUAUAGUGUGUUUGUUACAUUCCCGUCCUGAAUUGUUUAACUUCUACCUACCUGUAUUGAAGGAAGAUAUUUGCUGGACCAAGUAGUCUCGAUGUUCUGAUUAUGUCGAACUUUUUUUUCCAUUUUUUUCCGGUUGAGUAGUUUAUUUUGAUUAUUUUAAAUGUUCGUUAUCUCGAAGUAUUUACCGAAGUAGCGAACAGCUUCGACAUAGCGAGUUUUGGCUGUAUUAUAAAUACCGCUACUCAAUUAUGUACAGUUUUGUCAAAGAUUUACGCCUUCCUGUGAUCAGCUCAGGAACUUAGUGUCACUAAUACUCAGACAUCAUUAUUAAAGGCGCACACUAUAGAUUUAUACCAUAUUUUUUCUCAAUUUUAAAGGGACUGUACAGCAGAUUGACACAUAAAAAAGUUUUUUUCUGUAACGAAUCUCAGGACAAUUAUUUAAUAAAAUGUUUUACUCUUUGAUAUCAUAAUUGUAAAAUAACAUCCCAAAAUGUAAAAAAAAAUUGAACCGGAUACCGAGUUCGAACCGGUGUUGCCAAAAUUGCAGUUCAGUUCUGUAUUCACUGUGCUACGAAGUCUUACUCUAACCAGUUGGAAUAUUAAAGCUAUAUACCUUACAUGGUCAUAUCACGUGAUAACAUCGACUAGCCAAUCACGCAUAAGGAAUGAAAACUACUAGGUAGACAUACCUAGUAAUAAUUUUUAAUGUAAAAAUACGAAAAAACUGCGAAAAUAUAUUAAUUGUAAACUAUGUGGUACUUCAGUUAGUAAGUUCCAAUGCAUUGUACAUAUCGAUACCAAGUUUGUCAGUUUUAGACAAUUUUCCUUAUUUACGCUGGUUUAUUACACGGAGUACAGUCCCUUUAAUGAAUUUUAUUGUUUAACUCAUACAUGAUAAUGCAUUAAUAUUAAAAUAGAAUAUGCAUUUUUGUUUGCAUCAACCUGUUUUGUGCGCCUUUGAAGUGUAUCUGUCAAUCAAAUACUGUCAAUCAUUACUAGAUGCAUUUGGAGAGUUAAUCAUAAACGAGAAUUUUCUUAACUAUCUUUUGCCGGUGAGCAUAUUUUGUUUGACGAAUUUGUAUUGAUGAUGAUUGUUAGCAUGUCUUGCAGUAAUUGUAUAGUGUUUAUCCCAUUUAUGAAUUCGUGGUGCUAUCGGUGUUUUGUUAAAGGCCUACUGAGUCGUAUUGUUUAAUUGUCCCCCUUUGUCUUGAAAACAUGUUUUCUGGCUCAAACUUAUAUUGUUUCAGAUGGAUGUGAUGUUUUAAGUUUAUUUUUUAUACAAUGUAGUUUUAUAUACCCCUAAUCCGCUUUUUUUUAUUCAAUGUAGUUUUAAAUACCCCUAAUCCGCUAUAUUCCGUUAUUUCCAAUAUUUACACCAACGUAUUUUUGUAUACAGAACAGAACAGAACAGAACAGAACAGAACAGAACAGACGUUUAUUAAAGGCUCACAAUAUAGGUUCAUGCAUUUGUUUUCAUUUUAAGGCAUUAUCGUGUUUAACUCAUUUGAUUUUAAUGAUAAAAAUGCAUAUGAUUUAGAUACAGAUAAAAAAACAUAAGCGAUGUUUUGACGCUUUUUUAAGUGGGAAAUUUGUGGCCACGUAGCAAUUAAUUAAAAAAAACUAUUUUAAAGACUAAUAUGCUGUUUUUUAUCUUUACCUAAAUCAUGUUUUUUUUUGUGUUUUUGACACCAUUAAAGUCAAAAGAGUUGAACAUUACAAAACAUUAAAAUUUAAAAAAAAAUCAUCUACCUAUAUUGUGCUCUUUGAAGACCAAUGCAUAUUAAGUAUAUUGUCUUUACAUAUGCAGUUAUAUACAUCUAUCAUAUGAACAUAUGACAGUCUCCCAUAAAACGUCCAAAAUGUUUAAUCCCAACACCAUCAUCUCAUAAAUAAAGUGGACAUGAACCCCUUUAGUGAAGAUAUGUUGAGUCGAUAGUACCAUAUCUGAUGAAGCAAAACUCCGGAUAAAUCCAGUAAGCGAUUGUCUGUGUCAACCACAUACUGUAAAUAAUACUUCAUUACUUUGAAGACGAUUUAUUUGAAAUAAAAAGUAA